CUGCAGCCGCUUCCGUGUUUGUGUGAUCAGGGAGUGCACAGCCGGGGGAGCUUCACCGUUUCAUUCAUUUGUGAAGAGUAACGUUAAGCAAGUGACCAGCAAGCAACAUGUCGCAUGAACUGAAACAUGUAUUCGCCAGUCUCCCACAGAUGGAGAGGGGAGUUGCAAAAGUGAUAGGCGGCGAUCCCAAAGGCAACAACUUCCUGUAUACCAAUGGGAAGUGUGUUAUCAUCAGGAACAUUGAAAAUCCGGCUAUAGCAGACAUUUACACCGAACAUGCCCAUGCAGUUUCUGUUGCCAAGUAUUCCCCCAGUGGAUUCUACAUUGCAUCUGGAGAUGCAUCAGGAAAGGUCCGUAUCUGGGACACCACCCAGAAAGAGCACAUCCUCAAGUACGAGUACACCCCUAUUUCAGGCAAGGUGAAAGACAUCGCAUGGACCGAGGAUAGCAAGAGGCUUGCUGUUGUUGGGGACGGACGAGAGAAGUUUGGAGCUGUGUUUCUGUGGGACACUGGCUCCUCAGUUGGGGAGCUUUUUGGCCACAGCAAAUAUAUCAACAGUGUAGACAUAAAGCAGACCCGCCCUUACCGCAUUGCCACUGCCAGUGAUGACACCUCUGGGACUUUCUUCAAGGGGCCUCCCUUCAAGUUCGAGUUCACAUUGAGUGACCACAGCCAGUUUGUCAACUGUGUUCGUUUCUCUCCAGAUGGAAAUCGGUUUGUUACAGCUGGUGCUGAUGGCCAGAUCUUCCUCUACGAUGGAAAGGAUGGUACACGCAUUUCCUCACUGGGUGGAGAGAAGGCCCACAAAGGAGGAAUCUAUGCUGUCAGCUGGAGCCCUGACAGCUCCCAACUGAUCUCUGCCUCAGGGGACAAGACCGUGAAACUCUGGGACGUUGGUGCAGGUACGGCCGUCACCACCUUCAACAUGGGCACUGAUGUGACAGAUCAGCAGCUGGGCUGCCUGUGGCAGAAAGACCACCUCCUCAGCAUCUCCUUGUCAGGAUACAUCAACUACCUGGACAAGAACAACCCUGACCGGCCCAUACGCACAAUUAAGGGUCACAGCAAAUCCAUCCAGUGUCUGACAGUUCACAAGAAGGACGGGCGACCAUACAUCUACUCCGGGAGUCAUGAUGGACACAUCAAUUACUGGGAUGCAGAAACUGGGGAGAACGACUGCUUCUCGGGGAAGGGCCACAGCAACCAGGUGAGCAAGAUGGUGACCGACAAAGUAAACGAGCUGGUGACGUGCAGCAUGGAUGAUACACUGCGCUACAUCAACCUCAACGAGACGGAGUACAGUGCCUCUGAUGUGGUGAAGAUGGAUUUUCAGCCUAAAAGUGUGUCCGUAGCAGCAGGAGGGCUGUCACUGGCUGUGUGCAUCGGGCAGGUUGUCUUGCUGAAGGAUAAGAAGAAAGUCUUCACGUUGGACAAUCUUGACUAUGAGGCAGAGGUUGGAGCUAUCCACCCUGGGGGCGCCGUUGCUGCAGUGGGGGGCGCAGAUGGAGUUAUCCGUCUGUACUCCGUUCAGGGUAACACUCUGAAGGACGAGGGUCAGACUCUCAAGUCUGCAGGGGCGAUCACAGACAUGGCCUACUCUAAUAAUGGAGCCUAUCUGGCUGUCAUCGAUGAUAAGAAAGUUGCUACAGUCUUUACUGUGGCUGACAACUACUUGGUCAAAAAAGAGUUUUAUGGACACCACGCCAAACCAGUGACUUUGGCCUGGUCACCCGACAAUGAGCACUUUGCGACUGGUGGGAUGGACAUGAUGGUGUUCGUUUGGACAAUUGAUGAUCCAGACAAGAGGAUUAAGCUCUCAGACACUCACCGGUUGCACCACGUAAGUGGCAUGGCCUGGGUCGAUGAGCACACUCUAGUCACCACCUCCCAUGAUGCCAGCAUCAAGCAGUGGACUAUUACAUACUGAGCUGCAAGCAAACUUCCACUUCUCCAGGGACAAGGACUACUGUAGAAAUCAAUCUUUCCUUUUACUGUAUUUUCACUAUACGGUGUUCUUUGCUGUCUGUAAACAUCUGAAUUGUAAAUGUUUAUGGCUUGGGAAAGCUCCCAUAAAAAUAAUCCAAGAUAUGUCUCUUUUGAUGUGAAUAACCUCAAUUUAACACAGAGACAAAUUGUUGAAAUAUACAAUGUAACCAUGAGUGCUUUUACAUAUCUGAGCUGUGUGGUCCCACAAUAAUAUUUGUAAGCUCAACAUUCCAUAGGUUAUAGCUUCUACUCAGUUUAAACUGAAGUCCUUGUCUCAACCCUUGGGCUCAAUGCAUCUUAACUUAACGGAUGAACUAAAAGCAGGUUAGCUUUUUUUUUUUUUUUUUUUUUUUAAAAAUCAACAAAAUCAUGUUUGAAAGAAAUUAAACCUUUUUGGUUAAAUUCCUGAAAUGAGAAGUAACUGAUCCAAGCAGCAGUUGCCUGACACUUUUAAUUUUCAAGGUUUUAGGGGAUGGGUUUUUUUUUUGUUUUGUCUAAGGUUUUAUACUUUGUAUGUAUCACAACUCUUCCUGAUGGACUGGGGAGCAAUACUAGGAACUGAAAGAACAAAGUAGGUAUACAACCAACAUGUUGUCAGUUAAGUUGAAGGUCCCGUGUUGUUGCUGUGUUUUUCUUUGGGCCCACUAUGCUUGUCUGCACUUGUACUUUUUUUUUUUUUUUUUUCCCCCCAUGUCUUUAUGCAUCUGCUUCCAAGGUGGAAGUGAUUAAUUAAUAAUAAAACAUUUUUAUGCAUUUUCCCUUUCAUGCAGAUGUA